AUGUCAUCCCUAAAAGAUUUCCUAGGAAAGAAAGUUCGCAUUAUCACUACAGAUGCCCGUCUUUUCGAGGGCAAGCUAGAAAGCUUCGACCAUUCCACCAAUCUUGUGAUAUCGCAGACAAUUGAACGCGUCAUUUAUCCAGACGAUGAAAAUGACGAACUUCAAUUGGGCGUCUACCUUCUACGAGGCGGUAGCGUUGUUUGUGUGGGUGAAAUCGACGAGUCGGUAGACAUCAACUGGAAUAGUGUCAAAGGCGACGACCUAAAAAAUACAAGAAAUCCACUUUGA